AACCCAAGCAUUGCCUCAACAUUCUUCUUUCUGGGGAGUAAUUGGGUAUCUAUGGCGGCGAAGACAGCGGGCGAACCCAUGAGUGGGAAGCUGGAGGCAGAGGUGGAGCUCCAUUGCUCGCCGGCGAAGUUCUACGACGUGUUCAGGAACACAGCUCACCACAUGCCAAACCACUCCCCGACUCAUAUUCAGGCGGUGCAAGUCCACGAGGGCGAUUGGGAUUGUCAUGACACCGUCAAAUUCUGGAUCUACACCUGCGAGGGGAAGCUGGAGGUGUUCAAGGAGAGAGUGGAGUACGACGAUGCCAAGAGAACGGUGAAGUUGAAUGGGCUGGAGGGGGAUGUGAUGAAGCUGUACAAAGUUUACAACGUAAUCUAUGAAUUUGUGGCCAAGGAGGACGACAAUGGCGAGGGGAAGCAGCAGGGCGUGGCCAAACUGACGAUUGAGUACGAGAAGCUGAAACCAGAUGUGCCGCCUCCUACUAAGUACAUGAACUUCAUCACCCUCCUAGUCAAGGAGGCUGAUGCUAGCCUUGUCAAAGCCGCUUGAUUGAUCGAUCCGUCUCCAUCAUCAGCUUCGCCAUAUAUAAUACAAGCAUCUUAUCAUCGUUACUCUUUUGUUUGUGUGCUUCCGGUUGUGCUCAUUCGUAUGGAUCGAGGUUUUCGAUUUCGGAUCGGAUGUAUCGACCAUGUUCGCUAAUAAUCGAUAUUUCGAAAGUAUAUGCAAACCGUUAAUAAAUAGUGUGUGUUUUAUUGUUGUUAAGGUGUGUUUGCUAGAAAUGCUAAAUAAAGUGGGUGAUAAGGUGAAGUAUAAAGUAUAAACCUCACGGUAAUGCUACAAAGCAUGGCUCGUGGACAUCGGAUUCUCAAAAUUGACAUG